AUGGCCUCCAAAGACAACGCGGCUGUAUCUCAGAGCCAUAUCCCUGCAAGAGACUCACAGGAGUUCGACAAGAACACGGCCAGCAUGCUCGACCAUGCCGAGGCCGACAAAACACCAGCCGUCGCUGACUCGGUGGAAUCGAGGGAGCCAACACCAACAACAGAAAGCGUCUACAGCGUCAAAAGCACCAACGAGAAGAUAUUCAUCAUCUUCCUAACCGGCCUAGCCAUGAUCCUCUGCCUGAUUCCAACAAACAUCGUUCUGCCCAUUCUCCCGACACUGAAAGCCCAGUACGACGUGUCAACAACAGACAUGAACCUGCUCGUGACCGCGUUCUCGCUCGUCCAGGGCAUCACCCCAGCGCUCAUGUCGUCGCUCUCUGAUUUCCAAGGCCGGCGCAUAGCCUGGAUGGUCGCAUUGCUAGUAUACACCGCCGCCAACAUCGGGCUUGCUUUGCAGGACACUUACGCGGCGCUGAUUAUCCUACGCUGUCUCCAGAGCGCGGGGAGCAGCUGUGCGGUUCCAUUUGGAUUCGCAGUCGCAGCAGAUGUGGCGUCGCCUGCAGAACGGGGCCGAUACAUAGGCACACUCCAGGGGUGCGUAUUCGGUGCGUUCGCCUUUGGCCCGGUUAUCGGCGGCGCGCUGGCAUCCUCGUUUGGAUGGCGGAGUGUCUUUUGGUUCCUUGCUAUCGGCAGUGGUUCGGAAUUGGCUUUGUAUAUCCUGGUUAUCCCCGAGACCGCUAGGAAUGUUGUUGGGAAUGGCUCCAUCGAGCCCAAGUCUUGGUGGAGGAGGCCUGUGACGGAGAAUAUUCGACGGCGGCAACAGUAUGCUUCGAAGGGCGAGUGUAAGCCACUGACGGACUCAACAAGUCCGAAGAAAAAAAUUAGCAUGGCACAGCUACUGCAGGCUUUUACGAUACUUGCAGAGAAGGAUGCGUUCAUUCUCAUUCUGUUCGCGAGCCUGCUCUACUACGGCAUCACGGCCAUGUGGGCAUCCACUGGGAGCCAUUUCGGCAGCUUGUUCGGCCUCACUACCUUAGAGGUGGGGUUCGCUUUUCUACCAUACGGAGUCACCGGGGGCAUUGGCUCAGUACUCAGCGGCAAGCUGCUUGAUGUCAACUACAAAAGAAUCCUGCGCCACCAAAAGCAGACCGAAACCACCACGGACUUCCCAUACGAAGUCGCCAGACUCCAGGUCGCCGUCCCGUUUGCACUCAUGUCCUCGCUCUCAUUCAUCGCGUACGGUUGGGUCGUCGAAACCGGGCAGUCACUCGCAGUGGCAUUAGUUCUGCAGGGCCUUAUCGGGGUGGGCGCAACGCCGCUGCUGGGGGUUAUAUACACGCUCCUGAUUGACCUGUAUCCCGCCCAGGCUGUUGCGACGCAGGGGGCGGCUGAUCUGGUGAGAUGCUGGCUGGGUGCUAUUUCGGCGGCUGUUAUUGACUACAUGUUGUCGAGUAUGGGGUGGGGGUGGUCGUUUACGUUUAUUGGGUUGAUGAUGAUCGUUGCGAUGCCGUCGGUUGUUCUUGUAUAUGUACGCGGUUCGGGCUGGCGGAAGGAGCGAGAUGCUCUGUCUAUACAGUUUGAUUAA